AUGUCUCUUUGGCAAAUCUACCACCCGAUCGGCACCUAUGCAAAUCCAGCAUCCAAAGUAGCCUUUGCGGAAGACAUUACCAAAAUGUACACCAACGUCAGUCUGCCUGCAUUCUACGUUGUCGUCCAAUUCAUUCCACUCCCCACGGAGGACUUCCUAGUUGGAGGAAAACAAGUCACCGGCAAGCCUUUUAUUCGCGUCGUCAUAACCCAAAUCGCUAUUCGGCUUCCCGAUGACGAUGCAAGCUACAAUCGUAAUACGGCAUCCAUCGACAAGAUUUUGGGCCCUCAUGUUGCCGACAAGGGUUAUGAUUGGGAAUAUCAUGUCGAUGAAACAGAGAGGAGGCUGUGGAAGAUCAAUGGGAUGACACCCCCUCCAUGGAAGAGUGUGAAGAGGAAAAGCUAUGGACAGAGGAGAACCGGGCAGUUCCUUACGAUGGUGCCUACUGACUCGGGCUUCCAGAUUGAUGUAUCCAGACAGUGUAACAACAGACUUGGCAUUGGUCGGCUGCUCCUUUGA